UCCAGAGCUUCUUCAGUUGGUUCACCUUUCAUCACCGUUGGAGAGGGCUAAUAUAAUAAUUUAAAAAAGCAUCCAGGAAAAUGAAGAAGAAGAGCGCGGACUCGUGUGAUGAGCGCAUCCUGAGGGACUGCUUUCAGAUGUACACGGAUCCAGAGAGAGGACUUAUGGCAAUAGCCGAGUCUGUUGACGUGACUUUGCUGCCUCCAAAGAAGAUCACCGUUAUGCUGAUAGGGAAUCACUCAGCUGGAAAAAGCUCCUUCAUUAAUUGGUAUAUAAAGGAGCAGGUCCAGAAGACCAAAGGACCCGGACAAGGUUUCACUAUUGUUGCUAGUGGGUGCAAGAGAGAGACUCUUAAGAGUAAAGCAACCUUCGAAUUGUAUCCACACUUUAGGGCACUUCAGGAGGUUAAAGGGGUGUCUAAAUACAUUAGCACAGAGAUCUCCACUUCUCGGGAGAAGCGGUUCAGUUUGGUGACUUUCGUGGACACUCCUGGACUGGUGGACGGUGAUAUGCAGUAUCCCUUUGAUGUGGACCAGGCCAUCCUUAAGCUAGGUGAUAUGUGCGAUUUGAUCCUGGUCUUCUUGGACCCAGUGGGACAGGCUCUGUGCAAACGCACACUCGACAUCGUCGGACAACUCAACGAAAGGCAGGGAGAUCGCCUCCGCUUUUAUCUUAGCAAAGCUGACGAGGCUGGCGGAGAGUCAGACAGACAGAGAGUGAUGAUGCAGAUCGUGCAGGAGUUGUGUAAACGUCCGGGACUCAACAAGAGUAGCUUAGACAUGACUACAAUCUACAUCCCCAAAACCAACAAGCCCACUCAGUGUAUCAAUCAGAUCGACCAGGUGUGUCACACCAUACAGAAAACCAUCAACCUGACAGUGCAGAACACACUGAACACACUAGAGAAGGACUGCGAGCUCAUCCGCGAGGCUGUUACUGAGACGCUCAACAACGACUGGCAGUAUUGCAAGGAAAACAGGAGUGCCGGCAGUGUGAGCUGUGCCCUUGGCAUGCUUGGGUUCUUUGUGAUGGUGCUCUUUGCCCUGAUGAUGGGCAUCAUCUACUGGGAGAUCCUGGAGAUGGUACUGGGUACUUAUGGCACUGAGAUACUGUUGCUCUAUCUGGCUCCACUCAUCAGAGUGCUUGAUACUGUGCCAGUGCAAAUACAGUUAAUUACUUCUGGUUUCUUGAUGCAACUCUCUGUAACUCUCAUCAUCUUGGCUUUCAUCUUCCUCAACACUAAGCCAACUCUGUCUGAAAAACAAAAGAUACAGUUGCAGAAGAAACUGGAGUACGUGCAGGAGGUGGUGAAAGCUAAAAAGAAGAAGCUGCAUCAGGAGUACCUCCAGUGGAGUGUUAGUGACCAGAAUACAGAUUAAGGUUUGGGUUGAAGAGCUAAUGAAGUGAUGCAUAGAAGGAACAAUGAACGAGUAAAAGGAAGGAAAUCAAUAACACACUACUGUACUUCCCUGCAUUAUAAAGGAGGAGAAAUAUAAAUUUCAACCAUUCUUCUUUCUUUACAGUGCCAACACAAAGUGUUGCUGAAGGUUACUAUUAGUCUACACACGACCAGAAAUUGCACUGAUUAAUGUGUUUGUAUGAAUUUCUGUAUGUACAAAUAUACAAUACUUGACUUCGACCUUACAGCAUUACACCGUGUGUUUUAAAUCAACAGAUUUUGUACUAACCUUAAGAUAAUUGAUUAAAAUAUAUACUUCACUGUAUCACUUGCAUGCUUAACGUAAUA